AUGGCUUCAGAGCUGGCCGCGUCCGUACCAGCAUCCGUGGCUGCGCCCGCCAAGCAGCCGCCAGCCGAGAAGCCGUCGGAAAUUCGCCGUCGAUCCCACAUUGUGCUCUCCUUCUGGCUCAUCGUCAUCAUCCUCGGCCUGCCGAUAUGGUGGAGGACGACGAGUAUUUAUCGGGCAAGCCUGCCGCUUGAUCGCAUGAACGAGUGGGCGGAUGGCAAGGCCUGCCGACCCGUCUUCCCCCUCAACAUCCAUGUUCGUACCGAAUCGCUCUCCGACCCAGAGGCUCACCACCUCGUCCGACUCACCCAGCUUACCCUCGACGAUCUCAACGACUUUUCCGGACACCACCUGCGCUUGCAGCUGGCCCCGGACAAGGCGGCCGUCGAGCACGGAAAGGAGCCGGAGCCUGCCCUCACGAUACACCUCAGGCCUGGCGAAACCAACACGGCGUUGCUGAACCCUCACACUCCAGACCUCGAUGUGACCUACGCCCCCAACGCGAUUCCCUCGCCCAACUCGGCCUCGUCCUCCCUCGCCUCCUUUGUCGCCGACCAGCUACAGUCAAUCUUUGCCGAGGAACAGUCCAUCAUCGCCUAUCUUCUCUCCACCUCCUCCGCAUCGUCGGGAGCUCGACCGGCCCUGAGCCCGACGGUCGCCGGAACACUUGCCAACCGGACGACGAAGUCGCUGCGCUACGCCCCGACGUACCAUCUCACCUUUUCGCUCUUCACCGAUGGCGCCGUGCCCAACACGUGGGACAUUGAGACGGCCUUGGACGAGUUCAUGAAGCCCAUACUUGACGUCCUGCGUCCCAUCCACAACUUCACCAUCGACACGCAGGUGCAGUUGUACGCCACGCCCGGAGUGCAAUCGCAGGUGCUCGGCAAGGAGCACCUUGCUUCCUUUGUCAAUGCCGCCGAGUGGCCGCUGUCGCCCUCCAUCGGCGGCGCGCCCACCGUCAACUUUGUUCUCUUCGUCGGCAACCAGACAAUCGGGCUCGGCUCGGACCUCGAAACGUCGCAAUCGUGGAUGAUUCCGCAAUGGGGCACCGUAUACCUGUUGUCGAUGCCAGCGACGGCGGCUCACGUUUCCGCCGAGACGCUGAAGCAGCCCAUGCUGACCUUUGGCAGCCAUCUGCUGUCGCUGCUGGGCACGCCGCAGUCGGGCUCCCUGCCGCUGCGGCUGUCCACGCUGUCGCGGAUCCGCUCCACAGAUCUGCUCCUGCGAGCGUCGUCGUCGCUGGGGUCGCUGGCAAGGCUGGCGCGCUCACUCCGAUCCAUCUCUAUCCCUCCCAGCGUGGCGGAUGGCGUAUCCAAGAGCAUGCAUCAUCUGGAGAAGGCCUGCACCAAGCUCGGCGAGCCCGAGGGCCUGUUGCACGCCCGCAUAGCCGAGGAGGAGGCCGAGAGGGCCUUUUUCGAGAAGAGCAUGGUCGGCCAGCUGUUCUUUCCGGACGAGCACAAAGUUGCCGUCUACCUGCCCCUUUUAGGGCCCGUCGGCGUUCCGCUCGUGCUCGGUCUGAUUGCCGAGAUAAGAAACUGGAUCAGAAGCCGAAAGCAGAAGGCGGCCGAGGCCAAGGAGAAGAAGGCACAAUAA